CAGUUCCGUUUUAGAAUGGCAUCUGUCUCAGCGCUAACAGAGGAAUUGGAAUCUGUAACCAAUGAGCUCCAUGCAAUUGACAUCCAACUUCAAGAACUUACAGAGAGGCAGCAAGAGCUCCUUCAGAAAAAGUCAGUCCUGACGAAAAAAAUCAAGCAGUGCUUGGAGGGCUCAGACGCCGAGGAGGGCAGUGACUGUGACUCUUCACCGGCCCAGUGGAACAGAGAAGAUUUCCCAUGGUCUGGGAAGGUUCAAGAUGUGCUGCAAAAUGUUUUUAAACUGCAGAAGUUCAGACCCCUGCAGCUGGAAACCGUCAAUGUCACCAUGGCUAAAAAGGACAUCUUUCUGGUCAUGCCCACAGGAGGUGGGAAGAGCCUGUGCUACCAGCUGCCAGCGCUGUGCUCAGAUGGUUUUACACUUGUGAUUUGCCCACUCAUCUCUCUCAUGGAAGAUCAGCUGAUGGUUUUAAAGCAGUUGGGAAUUUCAGCUACGGCGUUGAAUGCCUCUAGCUCUAAGGAACAUGUGAAAUGGGUUCACGCUGAGAUGCUGAAUAGAAACUCCCAGUUAAAGCUGAUUUAUGUGACUCCAGAGAAAAUCGCAAAAAGCAAGAUGUUCAUGUCAAGGCUGGAGAAAGCAUAUGAAGCUGGGAGGCUGACCCGGAUAGCAGUGGAUGAAGUGCAUUGCUGCAGCCAGUGGGGACAUGAUUUCAGGCCUGAUUAUAAGGCACUUGGCAUCUUGAAGCGCCAGUUUCCCAACACCUCACUGAUUGGGCUGACCGCAACAGCAACUAACCCUGUUUUGAAGGAUGCACAGAAAAUCUUGUGUGUGGAAAAGUGUUUGACUUUUACAGCAUCUUUCAACCGACCAAAUCUUUAUUAUGAGGUUCGGCAAAAGCCCCCGAAUGCCGAAGACUUUAUUGAGGACAUUGUAAAGCUCAUUAGUAGACGAUACAAAGGGCAAUCAGGGAUAAUAUACUGUUUUUCUCAGAAAGACUCUGAACAAGUUACCAUUAGUUUACAAAAACUGGGAAUUCGUGCAGGCACUUACCAUGCCAAUAUGGAACCAGAAGAUAAGACCAAGGUUCAUACACUGUGGUCAGCCAAUGAGCUUCAGGUGGUAGUGGCUACAGUUGCAUUUGGCAUGGGAAUUGAUAAGCCAGAUGUGAGGUUUGUCAUCCAUCAUUCAAUGAGCAAAUCCAUGGAGAAUUACUACCAGGAGAGUGGGCGUGCAGGUCGCGAUGACUCGAGAGCAGACUGUAUUCUGUAUUAUGGCUUUGGAGACAUAUUCAGGAUCAGCUCGAUGGUGGUCAUGGAGAAUGUAGGACAGCAGAAGUUGUAUGAGAUGGUGUCAUACUGCCAGAAUAUAAGCAAGUGUCGUCGUGUGUUAAUAGCACAACAUUUUGAUGAAGUGUGGAAUGCAGACGCCUGUGACAAAAUGUGUGACAACUGCUGCAAAGACAUUUUGUUUGAGAAGAAGAAUGUAACGCAGCACUGCAGAGACCUGGUCAGGAUCCUGAAGCAGGCAGAGGCACUGAACGAAAAGCUCACCCCGCUGAAGCUCAUAGAUGCCUGGAUGGGGAAGGGAGCAGCCAAGUUGAGAGUGGCUGGUAUUGUUGCUCCCCUGCUUCCCCGAGAAGACCUGGAGAAGAUCAUUGCACACGCUCUCCUGCAGCAGUAUCUCAAAGAAGACUACAGUUUCACAGCGUACGCUACCAUCUCGUAUCUGAAAGUCGGAUCCAGAGCUAGUCUUCUGAGCAACGAAGCCCAUGCUGUCACUUUGCAAGUGGCGAGGCCCACACAGAGCAGCAUCUUGGCUGCAUCGUCUGAAGCUCGUCAGCUGGAACAUGCAGAUGCGAAAGGGGAAGAAAGAAGUUCAGGUAACUUCCAGAAGUCUACAAAAAGGCUCCAGCCAUCUGGUUCUAAGAACACAGGAGCUAAGAAAAGAAAACUUGAUGAUGCCUGAGUGAUACCUAGUCUUGCACAAAAUAACUGUUUAUAUAUGUUCAUGUCUGGUUCACUUUUAUAGUUAAUCAAGUGUUUAAUUUUUGAAACAGUUUUAUAUUUUAUACAUAUAAAGCUUUAUUCUCGGAGCUUAUCUGAAGAUGGGAGUAUUCAGGAGCAUUUGAAAAUU